CCUGUUAUCCGUAUCCGGACGUGCAAGGCCAUGCAAACAUUGCGUGUGAUCACUUUAGUUGGAAUGUCAACAUUUUGAGAGUAAUUUAAAAGAUCUCCACCACUGACGAAUACACGACAGAACAGCAGUUUCAAGUCACAUACGAUGUCAUCAGGACUUGUCCUGGCGGGCCUCGGCCUUGCGGCUGUUGGAUUUGGAGGUCGCUAUCUCGCACGUUACGGACGGGUUGCUCAACAAACACUCAAGAAACAGCUGGAUGCCCUUCCUCAGACAAGUGCUUUCAGCAAGUACUACAAGGGAGGCUUUGACCCAAAGAUGUCCAAGAGAGAGGCAGGACUGGUGCUGGGGGUCAGCCCAGCUGCAAGCAAGGCUAAAAUCAAGGAAGCACACAAGAGAAUCAUGCUGUUGAAUCAUCCUGACAGAGGUGGUUCCCCCUUCCUGGCAGCUAAGAUAAACGAAGCCAAGGAUUACCUGGACAACGCCCGGCCGGGGAGUUCCUGAUUUCGACCUCACUGUGUGCAUGAUGUGUGACUGUUAGAGGGGCCCCAAGGAGACAAGGACAUCACUCCCAGAAAUGCUAGUGUGAUCAGUAUAUUGUAUAUAGCAGGAUUUGUCAAUAAAGCAAACAUACUUA